AUGGGGCGCACAGUUCUGCUGCUCUUCGCCGCGGCGGCCCUCGUCGUGCGGGCCCAGGUGAAGCUGCCGGACACGUCGGACCUGACGACGACGGUCAUCAAGGCCGGCGUCUACAUGCCGUUCUCCAACAUCGACGGCAGCCUGCGGGAGUGGGGAAAGUGGCGGGACGUGGCGCUGGCCAUCGCCGUCGCCGCCGACGACUUCAACGCGCGGGACCCGCGCGUCGUCGCCGCCUUCGACACGCCCUGCAACCUGACCAUGGACCUCGUGUUCAUCGACAGCUUCUCGUCGACGGUGAGCGUCGCGAACGCGCGGAGCUUCCUCUCGUACGCGGCGACCAAGGGCGGCCCCGCCAUCGACCUCAACAUCGGCGGCGCGACGACGGACGAGAGCGCCAUGCUCGGCGUGCUCGCGGGCAUCGACUCCCAGCUCCUCGUCGCCCACGGCGGCUCGACCGCGUCGAAGCUCAGCGGCUCGGACUACCCGACGCUCGUGCGGACGGUCACGUCGAGCGUCGAGCCCACGCGGGCCGUCGCCGACUGCGUGCUCUUCUUCGACUGGCAGAAGGUGGGCAUCAUCGCGGAGCAGGGGUUCGCGGACUACGUCUCGUCCCUCGUCGACGCGCUCGUCGACUACGGCGUCGACUACGAGCUCCGCUACGUCGACUGGGAGGCCUUGGGCGCGUCCGGGACGACGCCCGUCGACGAGCUCUUCGACGGCACGACGUCCAAGAUCUGGAUCUCGGUCUGCACCGACGAGGCCAACUUUUCCGUGCUCACGCAGGCCGAGGUCGAGGGCAAGAUCAGCGAGUACAACGCGUGGAUCUUCACGCACGCGUCGCAGUAUUUCCUGGAGAACUUCGACCUGGCCUACGGCGCCCUGUCCCUGAACCUCCAGGGCCAGUCGCCCUAUCCCUACGAGCCCUGGGACGCCCUGAGCGACGCCAUGGCCGACGCGGACGUCGCCGCGUACGACAAACGGUUCUUCAACGUCACCGCAAACCCGUCCCUGUUCCUCGCGGGCUCGAACGCGGCCGGCGGCUUCGGCGACCGCGGCGCGACGCUCAACGGCGAGGCCGCCUUCGCCUACGACGCCGUGGCCGUGGCCGCGCUCGCGUCCUGCGACGCGGCCGCGGCCGCGGACACGCCGAAGGCGCCGUUCGCCAAGGUGUCCGCGGCCGCGGAGCUCGUCGACUUCGCCGGCGCGUCGGGCCGCGUCGUGCUGGACGACCAGGGCGACCGCAACGCGUCGACGGCCUUCAUCACGCUGAAGAACGUGCGGCGGCGCAACGGCACGCAGGUGGUCGUGUCCGUCGGCGACUGGGACCCGGCGGCGGGCUGGAUCCCGCUCGGCAACGGGCCCGCGGAGUUCUACGACCCGGCGUUGAUCCCGGACUACCAGAACCCGACCUGCGACGGCGGCUACUUCAACGAGAGCGCCUACGCCUGCGUCGACUGCGCCGCGGGCGAGGAGAGCGCGCCCGGGGGCGCGGCGGCGUGCGCGGCGUGCGCGCCGGGCACGGCGCGCGACCCGGCCGCGGCCGACGUCUGCACGCACUGCGCGAACAGGUUCGUCUACGCCGAGGGCUUCGGCAACGCGUUCUGCGCGUCCUGCCCGGACGGGUCCGCGCGCGUCCCGGACGUCGAGGACGCCGAGAUGCACGAAGGGAAGAACCUGACGGAGUGCGAGUGCAUGGAGGGCUACUACAGCAGCGUCCACGCCGUGGGCGAGGACGUGCGCGACUUCGACUACCGGGACCGCGGGGCGACGUGGGGCGCGCCCGGCGUGGCCUGCCACGCGUGCCCGGAGGGCGCCGCGUGCCCCGGCGGCGGCGCGCCGCCGCGGAACGUCGACGGCUACUGGGGCGACCCGAAGUACCCGACGGCGUUCUACGAGGCCGACGACGCCGAGGAGGGCUUCGUCUGCGCCUCCGGCUUCAAGGGGCGCCUCUGCGCGACGCUCGAGGACCCGGACUUUUACAUGAUCGGCGACAUCGGGCCCUUCGCGUGCCCGGCGUCGCUCGCGGGCCGCUGGCUCAACGUGCUCUUCGGCUUCUCCGUCGUCCUGGGCAUCUGGGUGAACAAGUACCUCCUGGAGGUCUUCCCGUCGCUCGACAUCAUGACCUACUUCCUCCAGCUCCUGGCGAUCAUCUGCCGCUUCAACUACGCGAACGCGCCCGCGAACCUCGGCUACUACGAGAUCCUGCUCGACGUCGCGCUCUUCGACAUCGACAUCCUGAAGCCGAGCUGCGUCAUCGGCUGGACGUUCACGCGGUCCGUCGUCGCCCAGUUCGGCGUCGUCGUCGUCGGCUUCGUCGUCAACUUUGGGCCCAUCGUCUACGACGUCGCCCGCGACGUCUGCGCGGGGCGGCUGCGGCCCUGCGGCGUCUACGCGUCGCUGCACUACUACGACGGCCCCUACGGCCCGCGCGCGACGCGGGCCGCGGCGUCGGUCCUCGCGCUCAUCGACGUGCAGCAGACGACGAUCGCGUUCAACGCGUUCGCGUCGUUCCGCUGCGACGCGUUCGAGGGCUACGACGCCAAGUUCCUGCGGGAGCAGCCCGACGAGUCCUGCGACGGGCCCAACGCGGCGUUCCUCAUCAUCCUGGGCCUGUCGACGACGGUCGUCUUCACGCUGGGCCUGCCCCACCUCCUCCUGGGGUCCAUCGAGUACGAGUGCGAGGCGAACGGCGGCGUGCACCACAGCCACGUGCAGGACCUGCUGGGCUGGAACUUUGGGGCGUUCCGCGCGCCGCACCACGGCUGGCGCAUCCGGCGCAUCUACCUGUCCGUCGUCAUCUGCCUCGCGGCGACCAUGUUCGACGACCCGCUGCUCCAGAUCGCCAUCGCGCUCGCGGCCGUGUUCCAGACCUACGCGGACCACCUGCGCAACGAGCCCUACAUCGAGCCGCGGCUGAACCGCCUGGAGACCAUGGGCCUGCAGCUCGUGGCGCUGGCGCUCCUCGCGGGCAUUUUGAGGGAGCGCGCGCGGUUCUCGCAGUUCUGGUUCACGUGGGUCAUCUUCGGCCAGGUCGUCCACUUCGCGGCCUGUUCGCAAUCGGCGAUCUGCGAGGGCGUGCGGCGCGGCGCGCGGCGGGGCGCCGAGAAGGAGAUCAAGGUAGCGCUCGUCCAGCUCGCGGACGAGGGCCGCUUCCGGGAGGCGCAGCCCGAGGCGCACACGCUCCGCGGGUCGCUCGCGUCCAUGGGCGCGACGGUGCGCCGGUCGCUGGCGGCCGUGGGCUCGUCGGCGCUCCACCCCGAGGAGAUGCUGCGGUCGCUCACUAGCCUCGCCCUCAGCCCGCGGGGCCCGCGGCGCGACUCGGAGACGCAGUCCGCGCUCGAGGCGGCCGGCGAGAUCUCGAACUCGUUCCACCCGCUCGCGUGGCGCGCGUGGGUCGACGCGAGCCGGCGCGACGCCGACGCCGUGGCGGCCAUGGCCCGCGUCGCGAAGAAGUGCCGCGUGAUCCUCUCCGACGUGAGCUGCACGUCCGUCUACAGCGCGGACCACCGGUCCAUGUACUGGAACUCGGUGUCCCGGAGCUUCCCGGGCAUCAUCGACUUCGUCGCGACGCUCCACCACACGGAGCGCACGUCCUUCUUCGGGGUCAUGUGCAAGCUCCAGCGCUACGUCGAGCAGUGCAGCACCGACCCCAUCAAGCGCCACGUCUACGACCUCGUGUCCGUCGAGGACCGGCCGUCCAUGCUCUACUACCUCUGCUCCUGCGACAACGCCGACUUCGACGCGGCGGCGGCGCUGCUCGACGACAUCUCGACCAAGUUCUUCGCGCGCCCGCCGGGCGACGUCGCGCAGAUCGCGCUGCUGCCCCGGUCGCUCCACGUCGGCGAGGAGAAGGCGGAGAAGCGCAAGGGGUGCUUCGGCGCCCUGCUCCACGCGCUCUACCGGAGCGACUGCGAGGACGAGACGUCCAAGCAGCAGAGCGAGUACUUCGCCCGCAUCGAGGAGCUCGCCAUCCACGCGAACGACGCGAUUCUAGCCAAGGGCAAAAGCGGUCUACGCGCGCGCGACGGCAAGAAGAAGCGGUCCAAGUCGCGGAAGGCGGACCUCGUGUCCGUGAGCGACGAGGAGGACGUCGCGUCGCGCAUCGCCAUCCCAACGGUCGAGGGGCGCGCCUGGGAGGCGUCCCUCGCGCUCGAGCUCGAGCGCGACGACGAGACGCGCGCGCAAACCGAAAACGCCGACUUCUGCAGCCUGAACUGCCUGCUGGCCGCGCUCAGCGCGGCGCUCAGCGCGUCGCUCUCGGCACCGCGCACGUGCGUCGUCUCCGACGUCGCCUACGGCCGCGUGUCCGGCUCGCUCUACAAGUCCUUCGGCGGCGACCUCGGCGCCGUCCACGACGUCGUCGCCGUCGCCGGCACGGACGAGGCGGGCGACGACGUCUUCGGGCUCUGCGCGGCCGGCGCGAAACCCGGCGCGACGGUCACGCUCGCCGCCGCCGCCAGCGGCUGUGUAGCACCAAAGGACGUGCUCACGGCGCUCGACGUCGCCGCCGGGCUCGCGGCCGCCGGCGGCGGCUCGCCCCGCGGCGCGCUCGUCACGGUGCUCGGCUCGACGGACGCGGCGCUCGCCGCCACACAAGCCCUCGCGGCGCUGGGCAGCGCGCCGCGCGUCGUCACCGCGCGCCGCGGCGGCGUGAGCGACGCGAUGGACCGGGGCGCGGCCGAGGCGUGCCACCCCGCCGCGCUCGCCGCGGACGACGACGGCGAGGAGAACGACUAUUUCGAAGGGCAGGAGGACGCCUUUGCCGGGAGCGUGGUCCUCGACUUCGCCGGCGACGAGGGCAACCGCGCGUCGUACGCGUCGUGCCUGGACCCGGACGUGCGGACGGCGCUCGACUGGGGCCUCGGGUCGGACGCGCGGACGCCGACGCCGCUGCGCCUCGACGCCGCGGCCGUCGAGGCCGCGCUGCCUUUGGCGUUGGAGGCCGCGCCCCGACCGCUCGCGCGGCGCGGCGGCGGCGGCUUCUCGCUGAACCCGUUGCUCGCGGCCGCCGCGGUCAAGCUCGGGCCGUUGGGGGGCGACGCCUACGCGGAGGCCUUCGGGUGGCCCAACGACGGCGAGACGCGGAAAAGGCUCGCGCUCGACGUCUGCGUGCCGUCCGUGGCGUUGGUGGACUUCGGGGCCAUCGACGACGCGCUCCGGGACGAGUUCGCCUGGGACGAGGACGUCGAGGACGUCGACGACCUCGACGCCGACCCCGUCGGCGACGCCGUCGUCUUCGUCACGGCCAAGUUCUGCAACUCCUGCCGGCGCCUCGAGCCCCACUACGCGCGGCUCCAACGGGCGUCGACGGUCGACUUCCUCCGCGUCGACGCGACGCGGGACCGGUCCUUCGCGGCGAAGCACGGCAUCACGUCCACGCCCACGUUCCUCCUCUACAAGGGCGGCGUCCGCGUCGCCACCGUCGGGACGUCGUCGCCGACGACGAUGAAGCGCGAGAUCGCCGCGGUCUUCCCCGUGUGAAGUCGUAAGGCGGGGGCACCU